AUUUCAUAACCUUCAACCAUGAUAUGAUACGUAAACAUUUGUAGUAACAAAAUUGCGAAAUUUGUUUAGUAAUUACCCAGUUCAUAAUCACCUACAAACAUUUAGAUUUGUCAAAAAAAGUAAAGACCUCCGGAAUAUAAGCAUUUUACUGAAAGAUUAGAAAACUGAGUGAAAAAGGAAGUAAUACUAGAAAUUGAGUAAAUUGUUCCUUGUGUGAUUUACGCCCAUACCAAAAAUCCAGUUGAAAAAAAUGUUGGACGAAAAAUUAUUACAAGAAAGAUUGAAUCAAUUCAAACCAGAGCCACUAGUUACAGUUGAUUUGAGUAAAAGCAAAGAUGACAUAGAAUCAUAUACAAUAAAGGAGGACGAAAACAACAUUGAUCUUGCAAAAACCAACUUUCUGGACAUGCUGAAUAGUGAGGAAAUUAAAAAAUCUUCGGAACACAUCAUACGAAAAUAUGGAGUGGGAACCUGUGGUCCGCGAGCAUUCUAUGGUACCACAGAUAUUCAUCUCAAACUGGAAAAAAGAAUUGCCGAGUUCCUCGAAAUGGAAGAAUCAAUAGUUUAUUCCUAUGGGUUUGUUGCUAUAUCAAGUUCUGUAGCUGCCUACUGUAAAAGAAAUGAUGUCGUUUUUAUUGAUAGAGAAGCCAAUUUUGCAAUUCAACAGGGUCUGGUAGCAGCUAAAAGCACAAUUGUUUACUUCGAUCACAAUGACCCAAAUAGUUUCAGAACCGAGGUCCAAAAAGUUGUUGACUCCGAAACAAAACCAAAAAGAAAAUUUGUAAUUGUAGAGGGAGUAUCUUGGAAAACUGGUAAAUUAUUACCCCUGGAGGAAUUUCUGAAAGUUGCCGAAGAUUUCAAAAUAAGAAUAUUUUUGGAUGAAACCUAUUCAUUUGGUAUUUAUGGUGAUACUGGUAGAGGAUUAACAGAACAUUUCAAUAUUGACCCAACUCGAUUGGAUAUGAUAAUGGCAACUCUAGAAUCAGCAAUAGGUUCCAUUGGAGGCUUCUGUGCAGGUUCACAAAUGACCAUUGAACAUCAGCGUCUGUCUGGAUCUGGUUACAUAUUCUCAGCUUCUUUACCGACUUAUUUAGUACAAGCCUGCAUAGAAUCUAUUAAUCUAAUCCAAGACAAGCCCAUAAAGCUCAGAUCUCUGUCAAGAGAGGUACAUCAUUUCUUAACAGAAAAUUGCAAUUUCAAGGUUCAGAGUGACCCUGACUGCCCAUUCAAAGUUUUCAAAGUAAAUGAUGAAAACGACAAUAUGGAGGCUGAAAAAAGUAUUCAUGCAUAUUGCAAAGAAAAUGGGCUGCAUUUUAUCUUGAAUGAAAAUGGUUUAUUGUUGAAUUUGAAUGUGGCCUUGCAUGAAGAUCGAAGCAGACUGGAAAAAGUUUUUGGAAUAUUGGAAAGAGCUUCGAAAAUAUAAUGUUUCAGUUAAUUAUUGAUUUAGGGUUGAAUUUCAUGGUUUACAUAUAAAGCAGAGCUCCAAUGAAAAAUUAUUAUAGCAAUGAGUUAUAGAAGAAGGUUACAGAAAUAAAGAGUUAUAUGAAA